GGCGGGCGCGGCCCAAUGAGCGGCGCGGCCCGCGGUCACGUGCCCGCGCUUUAUAUAACCCUGGGCCGCGCGGCGGCCGUUAAGAGGUGCCGGGCGGAGCGCCAUGGGGCGGCGGCGGGCUGGGCGCUGCGGCCGGGGCUGGGGCCGCUCCGCGCCGCCUCCGCGCCCCAGCGCCCCCCGCUAGCGCGGCCGCCGGCCAUGGGCUCCCACCUGCCCCCGCCGCGGCCGCCGCGCCCCGAGAGCCGGCGCGCGCUGCAGCCGGCGGCCGAGACGCUGCCGGCGCGGAACUUGGAGGCGGCGGCGGCGGCCGGGAGCCGCGGGCCCGACUGGCAGGUGCUGCUCGGGCGCGCCGACUCGCUGGCCUGCGGCGGGAGGCUGCACGACGCCUUCCAGCUCUACCAGCUGGCGUCCCGGCACCGGCAGCUGCGGGCCGAGCAGCUGGGCAGGCUGGUGGAGUGCCUGGCCCAGAGCGUCCGGACCAAGGAGGGGCUGCCGGCGCCCGGCCUGCCGCAGCCCCGCGAGUGGGACGUCUUCAGGUGCCGCAAGUGCCAGGGCUUCCUCUUCGAGCCCGUCUCGCUGCCGUGCGGACACACCUUCUGCAAAAAGUGCCUGGAGAGGGAGCGCGCGGCCGAGUCGCGCUGCGUCCUGUGCGAGGAGGGGGGCGGCCCGGCGGCCGGGCAGCUCCUGCGGGUCAAUGUCAUCCUCAGCAACCUGCUGGCCAAGUGGUUCCCCGGCCAGGUGAAGGCGUCGCAGCUCAGGCACGAAGGGAACCUCUUAUAUAAGGAGAAGAAACUACAGGCUGCCCUGCAGAAGUACAACGAAGCGCUCAGCCUAGCUCCAAAUGACCACUUACUAUACAGCAACCGGUCCCAGAUUAACUCUACUCUGAAAGCUUGUGAAGAUGCAUUGCAUGAUGCAGAAACAGCAUGCAGACUGCAGCCGUACUGGCUGAAAGGUCACUUAAGGAAAGGACAAGCAUUAGCUAAUCUGGGGAAAACAGAAGAAGCUUUAAGAGAGUUUCUGUUCUGCCUUGCUCUAGAUACUGGGAACAAGACAGCCAAAUCUGAGGCUCAAAAGCUUCUACUUAGUUUAUUUUCACUCAUCCCGGGAAAUGCUCAGGAACACUUACCUGAUAUCCUGCAGCUGUUGUCACAUCACUCUAGAUUAAAGGGGAAUCUCCUAAAUUCAGUGGGAUCUGGAGGCACCAGCCAUAACCUACAAAGGUUGCUCAAGAUAAAUGUGGAACAGAAAAAUGGUUUUCCUGUUAAAGAGGAACAAAAUGUAACUACUUCUGGCAGUUUGAAGAAAUCUGUACAAAUUACAGAGAGUAAAAGGGACUGCUCAGAGGAGAACAAACUCACCUCCGCAUCAGAGUCUGCCUUUCUCAUUUCUGAGAAGUGCAGCCUUCUGAAAAGGAAGUGCUGCUCGGAGGAGAUGAGAAGCGCUGAGGUGCCCUGCAAGCUCAUGAAGAAAGAUACAGUUGAUAUCAAGGGAAGUAGUGCUGGGCACCAUAUUCCAUUUGAAUUUGUGGAUCCAUCAGAUUUGGAUUGCUCUCUGUGUAUGAGGCUCUUCUAUGAACCUGUCACUACACCUUGUGGGCACACAUUCUGUCUCAAAUGCCUUGAGAGAUGCCUGGAUCACAACCCAAAAUGUCCCCUGUGCAAAGAAGGUCUCUCAGAGUGCUUGGCUAUGAGGAAAUACUGUAAAACGGUACUAAUGGAGGAGUUGAUAGCUAAAUAUCUUCCAGAGGAACUCACUGAAAGAAGAAAGAUUUAUGAAGAGGAAAUAGCAGAGCUUUCGAACCUAAAUAAGAAUGUUCCUAUAUUUGUCUGCACAAUGGCUUAUCCUACAGUCCCAUGCCCUUUGCACAUCUUUGAGCCAUGUUAUCGACUGAUGAUUCGACGGUGCAUGGAGACUGGCACCAAACAAUUCGGGAUGUGCAUCAGUGACCCUGUCAAGGGGUUUGCAGAUUAUGGCUGCAUUCUGGAGAUAAGAAAUGUUGAAUUCUUUGCUGAUGGUCGCUCUGUUGUGGACAGCAUCGGCAAGAGGAGAUUUAAGGUGAUACAGCACAGCCAGCGUGAUGGCUAUAAUACAGCAGAUAUUGAGUAUAUUGAGGAUCAAAAGGUGCAAGGACAAGACUAUGCUGCAUUACUUGUUCUCCACGAUUCUGUCUAUGAUCAGGCAUACACGUGGUUUAACUCACUCAAGCAAGCGCUCAAAAGUCGAAUUCUCAGUCACUUUGGUCCAAUGCCAGCUAAGGAUCCUGACCCACAGGCUAACCCUAAUGGGCCAGCCUGGUGCUGGUGGGUCCUAGCUGUCCUUCCACUUGAGAACAGAGCGCAGCUCCCUUUCCUUGCCAUGAAAUCCCUCAAAGACCGCUUGAAUGGCAUCAGACGUGUCCUUACAUUCAUGUCUCGUACAAGAUCACGGUGAUGGUGAGAAGGAGAGCUGUGAAGUUUCCCACAGUACUUGACUGUAGAGUGUCUCCUGUAGCUUCAUCUAACUGCAAUAAUGUCUUACAGAUUUGAGUGUCAGGAUGUUUCAAGCCUGAAUUUCAAAGAAAAUAAGUUAUAAAGAGCAAAGGAUAUUUAUGGAUGCUUCAAUACUUUCCUUUUGGAACUCUCUCUGAGAUGGUUAUUCAAUCACUGCACUGCUAAAUUAAUAACAAAUGUGAUAGAACAAAAAAGUGAUCUUGUUUGCCAUAAACCUUUUAAAGAGCUUAAGAGGUAUUUUUAAUUUAUUUUAUUUUAUUUUUUGUAGUGGAUAAAGGAAAUUGUGCAGUUUAAUGUGAAGCAGAAAUAAUAAUGUUAAUGCAUUAUUUCAGUGAACUGCAAAGUCUUUUAUUCCAAAUGGUUCAGGUUUUAUAUAGCAUUGUGUAAAAUAAUGUUCACAACUUCCAUUUGAUAAUUUAUUUUUGCACUAUGAUUUUUUUUGUUUCCAAAUGUAUAUUAUUUAUGUGUACAUUCUCUAAAGGAAAAUGAGUUGCUCUAUUUAUUUAUAGUGUUAUUACCCUGUAUUUAUGACUGGGGAGAAAACAAUAUUAGCAGUGCACAAGCAGCUGCUUUGAUCAUUUUUUCAGUAUAUUUGUGUUCAAAUACUUUGAAUGUUUUCUUACUUAUCCCCAGUUCUACCGCAGCCUAAGGAUUUUUUUCCCCCCCGAAACAGCCUGCCAUGAAGUCGUCAGUAUACACAGAUUGUUUGAGAUAAUUCAAGCGUAGCUGUUAGAACUUGAUCACUUGCAACUUGGUCCCUGAUAUCACAAAACAGUCAAGCACAUGCUAAAGUGUGAGCUUUUAAGUGCUUUGCUAAAUUCAAGUAUUGACUUCAGUGGGAACUGGCCAGAGUGGUGACUAAAGGAUCCCUUAAUAUUCCACAAAACAGAGAAUAACUUGGAGUUAAAUUGAUAUCUGAACUCUUCUCGCAAGAAAGGAUAAUGGCUACGAAUGCUAAGAAAGAACCACAAUGUAUGAAAAGUGGCUACUCCUAAAAGAAAAGUUCUGGUAUCAUUUCUGUGUGGGUUAUUACAUAGAUUCUUUAUAUUAAGCCUUGUUGCUGUUAAGAUCUGUUUUAUUUCUUUUUUUAAUUGUUUGGUGGGAUUUGGUUUUAGGGGAGGGGGCUGGGGAGUUGCUUUGAACUGUAGGGCUCGAAGAGGGCAGUUUGUGCCACAUGAGAAGGAAUAUGUUUUAAUAAACAUCCUAUUUAUUUCACCCCCAUCUUCAGGUUUCUGUUAGCUUCAAAUCUCUACCCAGCCACUGCAUUUUCCUUAGCAGAGAUUGGGUAGUGUUGCUAAUAACAGCUAAUGUCCAAGGAAAACAAGUGGAUUUUAGGGUGAUCACUUCUAGCUAUAGGCAGGUAAAAACAGGACAGAAAGGAGAAGAGCAGUAACUUGGUUUUGGUUUUAAAGCAGUAGUUCACUUUUUACAGCUUUUAUUGCUUUAUGCCUGCCACUUUAUGGGAUUGAUCUUGCCUCCACUAGAAUGAAUUUGACUUUCACUGAUUUCAAUGCAAGCAGGAUUGGGCCUUUUAUUCUAAUCUACCGUUUCCCUUUUCAGUGGAAAAACACAUAGGUUGAAUUGAAAAUAUUGUAGAAUACUACCAAGUUUCUUUAUUACUUUUAUCCAGGAUAGCACUGUUUGCUGUUCCAUGCCUUCAUGGAAAAAUGCAGUAGAAUUUAAUGCAUUUUUCCAUAUGUUUUUUGUACCAUUAUUAUAUCAUCAGAAAUAUUUAUUAGUUAAGAGUAAUUUCUAUGCCAUUAAGUUUCCAUAAAACUAUCUGUUUCCCCUCUUGUUAAAUUCUAUAGGACUUUUCCAUAAGGGUACAAAGAAACUAAUGGAACUGAAACAUGUUUCAACCUUAUGAAGGAAUAUGUAUCCUGUAGUUGCAUUUAGCUACUCUAGAAAUGCUACAAGUCGUUUCCAUACUGCUAGAUUGCGUCACUCUUUUCUGUAGAUGGUACUUUACAUGCUUCUCUGUGAACAAUGUAUAGAAAUACAUACACAUUCUGAACAAUAACAAGUGUGGUGGCUGAGACCUGCUAUGGCAUUUGUUUUUAUAAGUCAAUAAUUAAGUGAUUUUUAUUUGUUUGGAAAUGAAGCUGCAUUAAAUACAAUUCUUCCUUAAACCAUUAUGUAUUAAUGCAUAACAUAAGGGGCCCAUAUUGCUCCCAUAGAAAUAAGCUGGCAUUUUUAAUUUGUAUCAGUGAGAAAAGGACCUUAAAUAUCUCUCAUUUUUAGACUUCCUUACUGAUCUUGUUCUUAUUCCUGCAUGCUACAUUUUCUACAUACUUAUAUUCUGCAUAUUUUGUUGAUUUAGAAAUUGCCAUUGGAAAGAAUCCUUGAUUUUAAGUGAUUAUUGUCCUCCUUUUUUUAAAUUUUUUUAUUAUUAUUAUUAUUAUUUUUAUUAGCCAGGGGUAAAGCUGCCAGAAUUUCCUAAGCAGAAAUUUGUGUGCAUGCACUAUGGUCAUGCACACCCAGUGCAUAUGUUGCAACCUGGAAACACUGGACCUGUUGCACUUAAUGCAUACAGUUGAUUUGCAUGUGCACAAUAAAUCCAACAUACUGAGAAAUUUGAUCUGUAUGUGUACAGCAGCAUUCUGUCCAGGACUGCUCUGUGGCCAUGCAUCCUAGAUCAAUGUAUAAAGUGUGCAAAAUCUAUCCAAGGGGGAAAAAAAUGAGGAAAAAAAUUGCUGGAACACACAAAGCUGUUCAGGAAAAGCUGGAUGAAGAGUAACCUUAGCCUUUGGUGAGUUAAGAUGAUAACAAUUCAGUAAAAAAAAAUCUUUCAAUUAUGCCACAGCAUUGUUAAUUUUUCAAUUGUAUUAAUUGGUACAGUUAUGUAAAUGCAACAUUUACUAGCAUGAAUAAACAGCUGAAUAGAUUUAAAAAUAUCUUCACUUUAAUUAUAGAUACAGCAUUGAUCAGAUAAGAUGCUAAUUGGGGGAUAUUUUAUUUAUGCUUCUCACAGUAUUCUAGAUACCUAUUUGUCCCAUACUGAGUCUUGCUGAUCUUGCUUAAAAAAAUCAUGACUUAAUCUUGCAUUUCCCAUGUGGCCAGAAGUAUUGAUUAGUCUUUGUCGUUAGGGCAUAAGGAAUACAUAAGCUUUUUGCUAGCCCUCUAUUGAGGUUAACUUCCAGUGACCUUAGAUCACUGAGUUAGGAUUACUAAAAUCAAUGGAAAUUUUUUGAUUCCAUGGAAAUAUGAUCAGUCCCUCUUAAAAGAAGGAAAAUAGAAAAAGCUGCUCCCCUGUGAGGCAGGGGGAAAAGGCUCAAACUAUAAUUAAAUAAUUGCCAGUCUCCAGGAGAAUAUCAGUGUUAAGCCACCUAAACCUCUCCUGGAGGCUUCUUGAAAGCUUUAGACUUCCAUAUGUGAGAUAGUUUUGUUCAUUUGUGAAAUCUCUUCACUCUUCUGUAAGUGAAGUAUUUAAUGCAAAUACAUUAAAUAACAAAGGCUGGCUAUGUCACCUUUCCAAAUAUCUGUAUGUAUGUGUAUGGUUUCUAAUUAAAAACAUUCUCUCAGAUAAGUAUUAUGUCCUCCAGAAAACUUAUUUAUCAUUCUCAUGUAUAGAGCAGCUUCUGACAGUCAUGGUAACUUUCCUUUGUUUUAUAUGCUACUUUGUCUGGCAAUAACUUAAAGGAAAAUAUUUCCAUGAAAAUAGCUUUUAUCCUGGCUGGCAUGACUUGGUUGAAAAUAAACCUGAGGUAGGAGUUGAUUAAUCGGGGGGAAGCGGGGGGGAAAUCAAACCUGAAAGUGAUCUCAGACACAGUUGUAGAAAGUUGUUUAGUAGCGUUAAUAAAAUGAUAGAAUGGUCUGGAUCUAAUUGACAUUCUGGUAUUAGUUUUAACUAAGUUCUUCUUAUUCCUUUAUUUUUAAUUUCAAGUGCUGCUAUCUUCUCUUCCUUUAGCUUGUAGCAAUAAGAAAUGCCAUCUGUCAUACCGAAUGGCUGACUUAUUGCUGGGCCUAUGCUUCCGUCCUGUAUGACUGACUACUCACUAACAGAACACCUGAACCACUGACUUCUUAGUCCAAAGAUUAUUUUAAUCUGAGGGGGAAAAAAAGUUUGGAUUUGGAUUUAGCGUUUAGAUUUAUGCUGCAUAGUAAACUGUAGAGGAAGAGAGCUUUAUGGAAAAUCAAGUUUUGUGGUUUAGAUGGUGAUUUAAUGAUUUCUACUUGGUGCUGGAAUUUUACUGAUGUUCAAGAUAAUGACAGACAGGAGUUGUAUUUCAGUGCAGUGUUUAGGAAUGGAGAACAUACAAACUUAUUUAAAAAAAAAAAAGCGUACAGUAACUACAAUUUACAUGUAAAACCUAAUGAAACUGUAUGUGCUUAGGGUAGUGCUCCACAAACUGUUUCAGUCUGCAGAUCCUACGUCAGAUGAGCUCAAGUCCCCACUAGUUUUCACUUAUCAGCUUUGCAAUCUAACUUGUAACUGCUGCAGCACAUAGUUUAAGAUCUGGUGAUCCGGGGUCUCUUCCAAAGCCCAGUAAAUCACUGGAAGACUUAACAGCUACAAAAAGAAGGUAAAGUUUCAGCAAAGUCACUAUUCUGAAACAGAUUGCUAAAUAAAUACUAUCUGGGAACAAGAAACUAAUCUGUUUAGUCAAGAUUAAAAUGGUGGAUAAUAAAUAAAAACUGAACUCUUACUAUCAUAUGAAGUGCUUACUAAUGUCAGAGUUUCAUAAGGUCUAAAUUAACCCUCACAUAGAAGUGCCUGUAUUGUUAUUGGUUGCCAUUCUUGAGCUUUUCCAGAAAGUCAUAGCCAUAUAUUUUAUAAAUAUAUACACAUAUGCACCUUUAAGUCUUUACAUUAAACUUGCAGAACAAAGGUUUACAGAGCAGAAGUGUAGCAAAAACAAUGUAAUAGCUUCUAUAAUUUAAUGGUAAGGGAAGGGAGAAGUACAAAAAUGAGGAGGAAAAGCCUAUCUGUGUCUUAAUAUGGCACUGUAUAGUUGUCCAAUUUAAUUCCAUCAAGCUAUGUGGUUACAGGAGUGCCAGAAAUAUAUCAAGCCAUUUUAAAUGAAAACAGUUCUUUGUGGGCUUGUGUAUUCCAUUUGUUUGUAAAGCAUCUUUUUUGUGCACUGUAAUGAACUUGAAAUGAAACAAGUUAUACUCUUUUAUCACUGAACAGAGUACUGUUCAGCUACCUCUACGUAAGAUUGAAGUACUUUAUUUUUUCCAAAUUUGUUCACAUUGUCAUAUACAAUAUAUUUUUAAAAAAAUCAUAGUCCAAAGAAUCUGUAUGUGUUUGUAGAUGUACUUAUAACUAUGUUGUACUGACAAAGUCUGUGUGGAGAGUUGUGUUUGCUAAUUAAAAUUUUUGUGUUCUUUA